UGUUUUGUUUUGUUAUGGUUUGUUUAUGUAUUGUUCUUCUGUACUAUGUAGCCUCAAUCAGGGAAUUGCUGCAAAAGAGCCCUGUGCUCAGUCAAUUCUCCCUGAAUAAACAAUGAUGAUGUCAUAUGUAGGCCUGAAGAAUCCACCCUCUCUGCGUUAGCAAGCGUUACCGUGACAACCGUUUGUUUAUCUGCCCUGGAACGCUUAGCCAAAUGCCGAUAGUAACAUUGUAGACACAUAACAGCAGAAAACUUCGCUGUUACACAACUGAUAAUCCGUUGUGAUCAGGAUGUCCAGGCUGAGAGAACCUCCUCCAAAGUUCCUACCCCGCGAGUGGAAGCACGCUAACGAUGUUCAUUAUGGGAAUGCAGAAUCAGAACGAAUCCGUUCUGAGCUUCUCACUGCGGACUCACAGCGACUGAUGGAGCAAUGUGACAGGGCGACUAAACGCAUGCAAGAGCAGGCCAGUAAAAGACUGGAACAGAGAAUCCAUGACAUCAAAUUCUGGAAACUGGAGCUAGACAAGAAGCUGGAUGAAGUGGUGCAUGAGACUGAGAACUUAAUAACCUGCCAGAGCAGAGUGCAUAGAGCCCUGGAGAGCUGCUCCGAGCCCCUGAGAGUCACCAUGCAGGGCCUCGUCGAGAGAGAGAAGCGAGUGGGGAUUGACCUGGUGCAUGACGAGGUUGAACAAGAGCUGAUGAGAGAGAAGGAGGUGAUUGAAGGUGUAGCCGCGCUCCUGCAGCGCACUCUGGAGCAAACCAUUGAGCAGAUCAGGCUCAACCGAUCAGCAAAGUAUUACCUAGAGAAGGAUAUGCAAGAUAAAUUUCAGGCAGAGAAGAUUGAUGAUUUCUGCACCAUCCUUACCAGCACCUAUCCAAAGAUUGAAUGCGGAGCUGCAGGGUUUGAGACCAGUCUAGCAAGUAACCCCGUAACACCAGACGAGUGGGAGACCUUCUCUGACAUUAAUAUCUGCAAAGCGGAGAAGCAGAGGACCAACUCCGUGUCUCUGCGGUCCCUGGUGGAGAGCUUGCUGCAGCAGACUGCCACUGAUAUGUCCAUGCAGCACGAGGCCACGGGUAACGCUCUGGAGAUGAAUGUGCAGAGGAUAAAGAGCUCCAAAGCCAUGCUGGAGGACCACCUCAGCAAGGUAUUGGCUGAGCUAGCCAGCCAGGAGAGGAACCUGGAGGAUCUGCAUGUGGCCAUAGCGGAUAAACAAGGCCCUCUGAAGGUGGCCCAGGCUCGGCUAACCGCCCGUAGCCUCAGACCCAAUGUGGAGCUGUGUCACGACUCAGCCCAGUCCCAGCUACUCUCAGAGGUCCAGAAGCUCAUCAGCCAAAUCAACAGCCUAAAGGAGGCCCAGUCUGAGGCAGAGAUGGAGUUACGUGCUCUGGCCCGAAGCCAGCUGGCCCUGGAGGAGGAGAUCCAGAUCAAGUCCCACUCCCUCUACAUUGAUGAGGUCAUCUGCACCCAGCUACACCUGCCAAUUUUCAUUCACAACUUUUGAGAAGGCUUCAUGAGAGGGGGUGGCCCACUAUUUCAGCAUACAAAGCAAUGCUGAGGUUCUAUUUACAUAGAUGUGAAUUACCACAAUAAAGUUCUGCAGAUAAUGCAUCAUGAAACUAGGAAAAAAAAAG